AUCAAUCGAUAUAUCAUGUAUAGAUUCAGUCCAACGAGGACGCCCUCACCCUGGGACGGGGUCCGGAUAGCGGACAAGUUUAGUCCGGUGUGUCCGCAGCGGCUGCCGAGUGUAAAUAACGAAACCGCCGCUCUGGACAAGAUGCCAAAGGGCCGGCUGGAGUAUUUGAAGCGAUUGCUACCUUUUCUAAUCAACCAGUCCGAGGAUUGUUUAUACCUGAAUGUGUUUUCGCCGGCACAUGCGGCCCAAAGCGAAAAGAAGCUACCUGUUAUAGUAUUUUUACACGGCGAAUCGUUCGAGUGGAACAGCGGCAACCCGUACGAUGGCACGGUGCUCGCAAGCUACGGCGAACUAGUUAUAGUAACUCUAAACUAUCGGUUAGGUAUCCUAGGUUUUUUAAAUGCCAAUCCCAGCCCGCAGAUCCGGGCCCGAGUGGCCAACUACGGCCUGAUGGACCAGAUGGCCGCCCUGCACUGGGUACAACAGAACAUUGCCAAAUUCGGCGGUGAUCCGUCGAUGGUCACCCUAGCGGGUCACGGAAGUGGGGCGGCCUGCAUCAACUUCCUGAUGACUUCUCCGACGAUGGUUCCGGGGCUGUUCCAUCGAGCGAUUUUGCUGUCCGGUUCAGCCUAUUCCUCCUGGGCACUGGUCGAAGAUCCGGUCAUCUACGCACUUCGGCUGGCCAAAGAAGUCAAUUGCUCAAUCCCGGAGGAUCUAAUCAAGAACCAUGAGCAGAUCGUAGACUGCCUGAGGGAUGUGCCAUUAGAGGAAUUGUUUGCGGCCGACAUCCAACCGCCGUCAUUCCUAAGUGCUUUUGGGCCAUCGGUGGACGGAGUAGUGAUAAGGCCGGGCCGAACGAAUCAAGACAUCGACGAAACGCCUGUCCGGGGAACUUCCAAAAGAUCUCAAGGUGCCGCCGGUCGGUACGAUCUUCUCUUUGGAGUAGUCACGGGUGAGGCCCUAUGGCGAUUUAGCGCCGCAGAUAUUCAGAAUGGUUUCGAGGGCGAGCGGAGGGAUCGAAUACUGCGAACGUACGUGCGGAACGCCUACACGUAUCAUCUUAGCGAAAUCUUCUACACCGUAGUUAAUGAAUACACGGAUUGGGAGCGGACAAGCACUCAUCCUAUCAACACCCGAGAUGCAGCCGUUGCGGCCCUUUCGGAUGCUCAAUUUGUGGCCCCCCUGGUUCACACCGGGGAUGAAUUGGCGCCACCUCCUCCACUGCCGGGUCAGGAACCUUCGGGACCCAAAUGUUUCUUCUACGUGUUCGACUAUCAGACCAAGGAUGGGGACUAUCCACAGCGAAUGGGAACCGUACAUGGGGAGGAUCUGCCGUACGUUUUCGGAGCACCGCUGAUAGAUGGGUUCAGCCAUUUUCCGCGGAACUAUACCAAAUCGGAGGUGGCCCUGUCGGAAGCCAUUAUCAUUUAUUGGGCGAAUUUCGCGAGAACGGGAAACCCCAACGAGCACCACCGACAAGAUUCCAUCCUGAUGGCAUCGAAGGAACGGAACCGCUUCCGAAGCAUCAACUGGGACGAGUACGAUCCGGUGCACCAGAAGUACCUGGAAAUAGGAAUGAAGCCACGGAUGAAGAAUCACUUCCGGGCCCACCAGCUCAGCAUCUGGCUGCGGUUGAUACCGGAACUGCACAAAGCUGGCAUGGAGGAUGUCGUGGCCAGGCACAAUCUGUUCAAGAACCACGACGAUCUGGACAUCUACGAGGGAAUCGUGAAACCGAAUCCCCUGUCCAGGGUUUCCUUCCUGGAGCAGGAUCUGAAAAGGCGAGGCCUGACGGGGCCUCAGUUUGGCCAUUCCAUCCACAGUAAUGCCGGAAUGACGACGAUGGAACCGGCCCUACUUACCACCUGCAUGCCGGUGGCCAACUUCACCGGCUACGGUCAGACGCCAACGUCCUCGGUCCAGCAGAACGCCACUGCCGAGAACACCCUCGCCGGAUUGGAGGCGGCCGGAUAUGCCGCUUACUCGACCGCCCUCAGCGUCACCAUCGCCAUCGGAUGCAGCUUGCUGAUACUGAACGUGCUGAUCUUUGCCGGCGUUUACUAUCAGCGAGACAAAACCCGGCUGGAGGUCAAGAGCCUGCAGAAACAGUACCAACAACAUGGGGGAAUGCACCAGCAGGGCCCGUUUGAUCCGAUUAAGCACGCCCACUAUCAUCUCGGUCACUCGCAAUCGGCCAACGUGAUUGUGGACGUCGAGAACCACGACACCGGCGCUCUGAUACUGGCCAGCGACGUCAAAUCACCGCACAUUUGCUCCAACUCGAUGCAGAUCAACGUGAUGAAGAGCGGAUCGCCGGGUAAUGAUGGACGAGGGGGCGGGGUCGUGGGCGUGGGCGGAGGAAUGUCCAACGACGCCGGGGUCAACUGCAAUGUUCCGACGGGUGGCGGCGGCCAGACCGCAAAUAGUGUAAAAAUUCCGCUAACGAACAGCAGCUCCUACAAACCGCGCACCGAACACAUUACGAUACCGAUCAAAAACUCAACCUUCACCGGGAGUGGUGGGGUUGGAGGAGGCGGAGUCCCCGGAGGAGGGGGUGGAGGACCCGGGAUGAUGACACUGCCAAAACCGAGCACCGUGCACAUACCGAUGAGUUACAAUCGGAACGAGUGCAUGACACUGCCCCGGAAUGCGGGCAUCAAUGCGUCCAAUGCAGCCAAUGCAGAUCCCCAACAGAUGAAACUUCCGCCAAAUGGGACCGCGAUCGGCAUCCACAUGCGCUCGAACGCGGCCACAACGGCCACCCUGGGCCGCAACUCGCCGGACCAUUCCGGGGGCCAUCGACAGUCAUCGACGGCAUCGACCCAACAUCCGCCACCCCCGAGUGCCAUGCAUCAGCACUCGCAUCAACAUUCCCACUCCCAUUCACAUUCCCAACUACAGCAGCAGCAGCAACAACAACAAGACCAGGGCACCCAGCUGCAGAAUCUGAAAGGAUGCCCCCAGCAGCUACCACAUGCGGCCAUGAGCGAAAUGCGGGUCUGAUUGCCACGUGGCCGUUUGACGCCACUCGUUUCCGGUUUUCUGAAUCCCACGUACGGUGUUCCUGUUCCUGUUACUCCAUUUGGCUCGGGACAGCAGCAGCUAAAAGAGCAAAAUCAGCCAACCCCAUCAGCUCCAAUGGUGACAACGAGCAGCAUGAAAACAACAACAUCGUCGGAUCCUUCGGAUCCCGGGGAGGGAAUUGUUUAAUAAUAUUCUGUUUUUGCGUUUUUUUUUUCUUCAUACUGGUUUCCCCUCCCGGAAGGAAAUGGACCGGACAUGUUCCGAUCGUUGAUCCCGGGGAUUUGAUGGGACAUCAUUGAGAAAAAAGAGAGAAUCGUUCACAUAUUCAUAUGCACUGUAUAAGUAUCACAUAAAUAGUUAUUUCCAUGCUGCAAGCGAUGGGCGAAACAUGUCCAACCUCGCUCGGUUUCGGUUUUGUCUAGAUAUGGAAUCGAUGUCACGGGAAGUGUUUGUUUUUAUUUGUCGAAAAAAAAAAUGGUAGGAAAUAUGUCAAUCAAAUUAGUUUAAUUUUUAUUUUAGGGUAUUGCUAGUAGAAAAUGAUC